AUGGCGCGCGAAAAUGAGAAUAAGGGCAGUCCCGUGUUUGAGACCUGUAUCUUUAAGAUCAUUCUUAGCAAGGAACUUCCGCGAAAGCAGGCGUUGGAGCUGCAGAACACCAUUAAGGACCACGCCGGAGAAGUACUGAAUUUUGAGCCGGAUUUCAACGUCAAAGAUGUUACCCACAUCAUCUCAGAAAACUGCGACUUUCCGCAGUACACCAGCUCGCGAGAUUACAUGAUACCUACUGUCACACCUGCCUGGGUCUCAGCUUCCCUUCUCAAGAACAGGGAAGCACCAAUUAGGCCAUACAAUCCGGAUCCCAAUAACUAUUUCACCGGAGUCACGGUUUCAUGCGCCGAUUUGCCGCAAGGCGAUAAAGAUGCGAUUAUUGGUGCGGUGCUUGCGAUGGGUGGCCAGGAGACCAGCAGUGUUACAAAGUUGACGACACAUGUAUGUGCUUUGAGUGUCGAUCAUCCGAAGUGUCAGACUGUUAGAGACAAAAACCUCAAGUGCAAGAUUGUGCUUCCCCAUUGGUUCGAUGAUUGUCUGAAGCUUGGAAAAGCAAUCGACGACAAGCCAUAUCUUCUUCCCGAUCCACCCAUUCUCAAUGGUGACCUCAGUGGUGAUGUUCAAAUGGUGUCUUCCGAAGACGUUCGUGGAGCUACCUCGCCACGUCCGACUACCUUACCUAUGCCAACCGACUCGCCUACCCGUCCUUUGACUGUCUUCAAGGGCAAGAAAGUUAUGAUCUCUGAUGAUCUCGAACUCGGGAACCGACCUCGCGGAGUCAUCGAAAAUCUUAUCACUGGCGGUGGUGGUAGCAUCACACAAUCCGUACACAACGCUGACAUAUAUGUCUGCCACUGGCGCGAAGGUAGAGACUACGUCUUUGCCUCUCGGUAUAAGAUUGACGUCGGAAAUCUCUCAUGGCUAUACCAUCUAAUUGCCAACAAUCGAUGGACAUCACCACUCCGAAGACUGAUGCACUACCCUCUACCCAAGGGCGGAAUCGCGGGGUUUCAUGGUCUCAAGAUCACCUUGUCGAACUAUGGUGGCGAAGCACGAACCUACCUGGAAAAUCUGGUGGUGGCCUGUGGCGCAGAGUUCACCAAGAGCAUGAAGCAAGAAAAUACACAUCUUAUCACGGCUCGAAACGGAAGUGAGAAGUGUGAUGCCGCCAGAGAGUGGAACAUAGAAAUGAUCAACCAUCUCUGGAUCGAGGAGAGUUACGCAAAGUGUGAGAUUCAGAAGAUGACCAAACCAAGCUAUACACACUUCCCUCCAAUGACUAAUCUGGGUGAGAUCAUCGGCCAAACACAAUUCGAUGCCGCCCUUCUGGAACAGAAAUACUUUCCGAAAGAUCCCACGCCUAGUCCUGGAGACCCACGACCUCUGAAGCGCCCCGCGAUGAAGGAAAAGGACCGUAACCUGUCGAGGUCAAGAUCGUCUGAUGUUGAUGUUACAAUAGGCGGCCAAGAUGAGGAGGACGAUAGCACCUCUAUCAAGCCAAUCAAGAAGAUGGCUGCUCCAAGGAAGCCAAGAAUUUCAGGCGGUGCCCAGCCAAUGACUCCAGCUGCAAGAAAACGGACAAGUACAGGGAAGGGGAAUGAUACACCAAUUUCUACGGGUAGCCGGAGUGCGAAGGCACAGGCGAUAUCCAGACUGCACGUUAUCGCACCUGACAUUGCUUUGUACGAAAAGGAGAAGAGACGCAAGGGAACUGUCUGGGGUGGAGAGCGAGCUGCUAAUGAUUACGAGAAGCAAAAGACCGCGGAACGCAGCUCAAGUCCUGCUGGAAAGAAUGUAGAGGAAGAAUAUUCUGCCGAGGAGGACGAUGCCGAGUCAGAAACCCGUAACCCAAAAAGACAGCGAACUAGUCUUCCAGCAGUUAAAAUCCGACUCCUGAUUACUGGUUAUAAAGGCUGGCUUGCGAACCCCAGUAAAGAGGACUCCGAUAAGAGGAAAUUGAGGGAGCUGGGGAUCCUCGUUGUUGAAGACCCUUUAAAAUGCUCACAUCUUGCUGCUCCAAAUAUGGUUCGGACCCAGAAGUUCCUCUGUGCUCUGGCAACCGGACCGACUAUUGUGACAUCCAAUUUCAUCGAGGCCAGCGUCGGAAGCCGUAAUGGCAAAAUACCAGCUGUGGAGGACUUUCUGCUCAAGGACGUCGCGAGUGAGAAGAAAUUCGGUCUGAAGCUGAAGGAUGUCAUUGUGCGUGCAAAGGCUAACAAUCGCAAUCUCCUUCGCCGCGUACCAAUAUACUGCACGAACGCGAUUCCCAACGGCUCGGCAACAUACAAGUCGAUCGUGGAAGCAAAUGGAGGCACGUUUGCUCUGUACAGUGGUCGGCCGACUAUCAAGAAAACCAACCCCGAAGACGAUGUUGGCCCAGCUGAGCCGGUUUACUUACUCACCGGCCAGUCUCCAGCCGAGAGAGCUCUUUGGCCAAAGUUCGAGCGGAUGGCUAAGGAGGGUAACAUGAUCCCAAGAAUCGUCGACUCGGAAUGGCUCUUGGAUGUUGCGAUGUCUCAACAGUACAAGUGGGAUGAGGACUAUUUGAUUACCAAGCGAUGA